AAAGUAACACUCGAGCUGAUCGGACGUGUUUUGUGUUGUCUCAGCCAGCGUGAGCGUAUUUCUAUAUUAUUUUGGCUAGCGCGAAAGCCGUGGUGAUUGAGCUUCCCGCCAUUCUCUGGCAAUUCGCGAUAAGUGUCCGCGUAACCUUGGUCAGACCUUAAAAAAUGGUCCGAACGAGGUCGCAAGGCACGCCGUUGAGGGCCGGUAACGAAGAGAGCGGAGAAGAGGACAGCGAAAGCGACAGCGCCUUCCUUGACCCCGAGGAAAAUGAACAGAAAAGCGAGCUACAGGUUCUCAAGGAAGAGGUGAUGGACCUGCGGGAGCUGUUGGAGAUGGCCAAGAAAGAAGUGGUCCAACUAAAGCAGCAGCUCCAACAACAGCAGCAGCAACAGCAGCAGCAACAACAGCAGCAACAGCAACAGCAACAACAACAGCAACAGCAACAGCAACAGCAACAGCAGCAGCAGCAGCAGCAGCAGCAGCAGCAGCAGCAACAGCAGCAGCAGCAGCAGCAGCAGCAGCAGCAGCAGCAGAAGCAGCAGAAGCAGCAGCAGAAGAAGCAGCAGCAGAAGAAGCAGCAACAGCAGCAGCAGCAACAACAGCAGCAGCAGCAGCAGCAGCAGCAACAGCAGCAGCAGCAGCAACAACAACAGCAGCAGCAACAACAGCAGAACCAGCAGCAUCAACAGCAGCAACCUCAGCAGAAGCAGAAUCAGCGGAAGACGAACAAGAAGCCGGCGGAUAAAGAUGGAAUACUUUUGGACCUCAUUAAAGUUGUCCCAAAGUCUCCACACACAGUGAAGGAGGUCUGCAAGCUGGCAUGGAAGGCCGACCCCAACGAGACAAAUUUCAAGGAAGUGAUGUUCCUACAGGGUGGCUGCAACAUUCGGAUCCGGGAAACUGUUGACGGUUCUGAGAUGGAAGCUGCCAUCGCGAAAGAAGUAGGGGAGGCUGGCAGUGUGACGCUGGUGCAGGAAAAGGUGACGGUCAGUAUCGACAAGAUCGAUCAGCUAGCAGAGAAGGAGGACGUCGAGAAGAUCCUCCGCAGGCUGCUUGGCGAAUCGGUCAAGCUCGAUGUGCGGAUGACCGUAUAUUACAAUGGGCAGCAAAGGGCGAUGGUGGUAAUCCCUCGUAAAAGCGCGCUGAAUAUCGAUGGCGUUCAAGUCAAAAUCGGGCACACAGUUUGCAAAAUCUGCGUUCUUGAACCGAUGCCCGUCGAACUGAUACGCUGCUUUCGAUGCCUGGAACGCGGGCACCUUGGUCGGAACUGCAAGAACACAGAUCGCAAACAUAUGUGCUUGCAAUGCGGUGAGCAAGGACACAUGCAGAAGGACUGUACAGCCUCGAAGGUCGUCUGCAUACUGUGCGGUGGUCCCCACCGCAUUGGUUCGAAAAUGUGCAAUGGAGCCUCGCAAUGUCGAUAAAAGUUCUGCAGGCCAACAUCGGGCGC